CGCGCGGCGGGGCGCGGGAGGCGCGGAGCGGCGGGCGGGCUGCGGCGGCCCUGCGGCGGCCCUGCGGCGCGCAGGUGGAAAUCAUGGAUGAUGAUUUUGUGGCCUCCUCCACAACCCCAUUUCUCACUGACAGUUUGGAGAUGGCAAUGGAAGUGGAGAAUGAGAACUCAAAUCCGCCUUGUUUUUCCUGUGUUUUUGACAACCAGAAUGGAGGGAGGAGCUUUUCUGCAGAGUCUUACUUAGCAAGUGGGUCUCUUAAGAGGGUUUUGCUGAGACUAGAUCCUUCUCCGAAUGACUAUGAAGAUGAUGUGGUGGAAAUGUUUGGCUUUCAGUGGGUUACUGAAACGGCAUUAGUUGAAUCCUGUGGACUUCUCUUUGGAUUACUUAGGCAACAUAUAUACAGACUGGAAAACCUUGUACAAAUGACUUCAUCUGACUUUGGUCAAGCUGCAAAUUUGCACUCCGAAGCAGAGAGCAUCAGGCAUCAAUGUAUCGAGUUUUUGCAUUAUGUGAAAGUUUUCAUCUUCAGGUAUCAGGAACCCCCUAAAAUGGAAAACUAUGGAACACUCCACCCAUAUGAAGAACUAGAAGCACAGUUACCAUCAGUGUUGGUGGAAGAGCUUCAUGCUUUGACCACGCAUGUUGGUCGCCUUUGUGAACUCCCUAGUAGUGUCCUGGCAGCAUUUACUAUUCAACAUCAGGCAAAGGUCUUUCCCCCAUCAUGGCAUUUACUACACCUCCACUUGGAUAUUAAUUGGCUAGUAUUGGAAGUUCUUCAUGUGCUUGGUGAAAAAAUGAUGAGACAAGUUGUGUACGCUAACCAUUUUAUAAACCUAACUGGAGAGAAUUUAACCAGUUCCAGUUUAUUUGAAACACACUGUGGAAAUCUCAUGUCUGAUUUAAUAAGCUUGUCCAUCAACAAGUAUAUAAAGGUGAGACCUUCCGAGGCUCUUACUAGUCACCAUUAUCCAUGUACCUGCAUUAAAGAAUUAUGGAUUCUACUUAUUCAGCUGCUGGACCACAGAAAUAAAGCGUCUCACACAGAGUGUUUCUGGAGCUUGGUGAACAAAACUCUCAGGAAUAUCUUUAAAAGGCCAAGCAGUUCUGAUAGGACAUCUGGUUUCGAAGCAAUUCAGUGUAAAGACCCACUGAGUUUUAGCUGGUGGAUUAUUACUCAUCUGGCAUCACUCUACAGGUUUGACCGUAAUGGAAAUCUAGAAGAAAAGAAGCAGAAGGAAUCCAAUUGGAAAUUUGUGGAAGAACUCCUUAAAAAAUCCACUGAUGCUCAGACUGGUGUGUUAGAAGAACACUUACGAAUGCACCUUCAGUGCUGUUUGACUUUAUGUAGUUUCUGGGACUUGAACCUAUCUAUUGUCACCGUACUCUGGGAUUAUUACAGCAAGAACCUUAACAGCUGCUUUACUGUUCCUUGGCUUGGUCUGAAGGGUCUGGCAAAUAUUAGUAAAACCUCUUUGUCAAUGCUUGAGUUGGUGAAAACUUGUGAACAGCAGAUUUCUGACCUGUACAAGUCCAGCAACAGUUACUUAAUUUUUCUCAGCAUUUUGGCACGGAUGUUGAAAGAACAGGCAGAGAACAGUGGUGUGCAUCCUUGGAAACAAAUUAAAGGACGAAUUUAUUCCAAGUUCCAUCGGAGAAGAAUGCAGGAGCUGACAGAAGUGGGGCUGCAGAACUUCUUUAACCUGUUCCUCAUGCUGGCACUUGUUGCGGAGACAGAAGAUGUAGUGAGUCGAGUGUUGGAUCUUCUGGAUUUCCUGACUCCAUCCUCUGUCACUGUCUCUCAGAGAGCUCUCAUCUGGAGAGGUCAUUUUGCUUUCCUUUUGAUUUAUGUUGAGAAGAACAUGGACAUUAGUGUGCUAGCUGAGAAACUCUCAAAUGCUUUCCGUGAGAAGGCAAAGGAGUUUUUAGUAACCAAAAAUGACUACUCACAGAAACGGAAUCUUUGGACUCUGCUUUCAACCUACAUUGACGGUGUCCAAGAAGUGUUUGAAACCAGCUGCUACUUGAGCCUUUCUGAGGAAAAAUUGCUAAAUGAUGGCUUUUCUAUGCUGCUGCCUGCUUGUCGAGGAGCUGAACUAAGUAUGGUCCUAAAUUUUCUUCAGGUGGUUCUAGCCAGACUUCGAGCUAUGACUUGGCAGAAGAACUUAUUUUUAUUAGUUUUUGAUAUGUGUGGAGUGGAUAAUUGGAAACAAGAUACUACUUGCUGGCACUUCCAAGUAUUUGAUCUUCAUAGUGAGAUUCAGUAUGAAGUCUUUCUGAGACCAACAGGACCCUCUCUCCCCGUCUCUGUUACCAUGAGUGUGCACAAACGUGUAAGCCACGGACUUCAACCAGGGAACACGGCCCCAGAGGCGCAGCUUCCAUUACUGGCUAAAGAGCACCACCUUGCUGUCGCCAGUGCUCUCUGGAGAAAUUUCUUUCCCUACUUGAAGAGCCAGAGAAUGUCACAGAUACCACAUUCCCCACAGCUUGCUGAUACAGCUGCAGGCUUUACUCUGUUAGCUUUGGAUAUCCCCAGCAAAGCUCUAUCGGAACUCCAGCCACAGCCUGUUCUAUCAAUGAUGCAGCUCUUUGGGUGGGAUGAUAUGGUGUCGCCUCAGCUGGUGUCAAGAUAUCUAAGUCACCUAAUUCAAAACAGUGCGCUGUGUGAAGCUUUUUCUAGUAUGGGAUAUAUAUCCUAUGAAGCCCUGACAGUACGUUCUUGGUUUCGAUGUAUUUUGCAAAUGUUCAUAGAUCAACCAAGUGGUACGCUGGCCAAGACAGAUGCUGAGCGAACAGUUGGGAAAGCCUAUAUGGAGCAGCUGACUGAAAUGACAAGACUGAUUUUUAAACUCUCAGAAGUAGAAAAGAUUCUUUCCAAGGCUGGUGUUGAAGAGUCAGUUUCUAAGCAAGACCCUAAAAAUGCUCUUGUUCAGUUCAUUAAGGCUGUUGGAAGAAUUUACAGUGGCCUUCAGACACUCCCUGAGAAAUCUGCCAUGGUAGCAAAGACUUUGGAGUAUUUAGGUGAUGUAUUAAAGUAUGUAAAACCUUAUCUGAAGGCAAAAGGGCCUCCAGAAGGUCUGCAACUUACAUACUGGAUCAUAGGAUGUCUGGUAAAGUUCUGGGCACCGAUACUGGCUACUUCCAAAGCACAGCAACUCUUGUUCCGCAUCGUGGAUUGCUUGCUGCUGCCACACUCUGUGCUCCAGCAUGACAAAGAGCUGCCUGUGGCUUUGCUGUCUGCCAUUCAGGAAAGUCUACCCCUUUAUCUUCAAGGCCUGUCCUUCAUAUGUUGUCAGUCCCAAACACAAGGAGCCUAUUUAAAUCAACUGCUUGGGAGCAUUAUUCAACAGUAUUUUGGACGAUUUCUCUCUUCUUCUCCAACUGUGCUUGGAGUUGGACAGCAUCCUAUGCUAACUGCUUUGUGCAGUUCCCUGACAGCCCCCCAGCUGCUCCGUCUACGGAAGACCACUCUGCAUGUCGUAAAUGACAACUACAUGCAGUUCAAAGGUAACGCUCCACCUCCUCGCUUGGCCUCAGUUCUUGCUUUCAUUCUUGAAGUACUUCAGAGAACCCAGAGUGUUGAACUAUGUGACAUUGACUUAGUUCUCCCAGCUGUGUUGAAAUGCUUGGUAUUGGUUAAUGAGCUACAAGUUAAAAAAAUAUCUACAGACAUUGUACAGUACAUGGUAGAAGGCUGCCAAGCAGGGUCAGGAGGAGAACGUGCCACCCAGCUGACUUCUGUAUUAAGGCAGUUUAUCCAGGACUAUACAGGUGUGUAUGAUCACCGUGUUUUCAGCAUACUCGAAACAGUGGCAGUCUUGGAUCAGACGUUAGUUACCAGCCUGAUUCCCACAAUCACACAGUCUCUGAAGGAUUCGGAGCACAAACAAGGUCUUGGAAGAAAUGCUGCACAGAGAGAAGCCUAUAAAAGACUCUUAUCUUACCUCACAGAGGCUGGCCAAAAUGAGAUCCAAAAACUGGAAAAUGAGACAGAUUAGCAGUGAUGAAUCAUUUCUUGAAUGUUCUGACACUGCCAAUGCCUAAAGCUGCACUCUAUGACACACUCUCCAAGUUAUUUUUCUUUACAAUGGCAAUAAUUUAUAAAUUGUGUAUGUAUUUUAAUAAUUUCUGUGGUAUUUGAAUAUUGUCAUGCUUUUCAACAGUAACUCGCAAUAUACCAUUGAAUGACAAUGGAAAGAUAUAGCAGAUUUAUUCCAUGUUAAACUGUCUAUAUGAGCAGAGCCUGUAUUGUAACAUAGGAAGUAGGAAGAAUCAAAGUCAUUUCACAACCCAAUUCACAUUGACACCUGAACCUCUUAACACUGUGCUGUUGAAAAUCUUAUUCAGUGUGUUCUUAAGUAAAUCAUAACUUUGUAAUUUCUAAUUUAUUAUUUUAGUAGAAUGAGAACAAACUGAUCUCUAGUACCGAACUUGUUGAAUACACUGCAUUCACCAAGAGUUGCGCCAGAUGAUAGAGCUAUCAUUUGUCAAGAGAUGGCUUGUGUAUAUUUUGCACUAAAUGUAUAUACCUGUCUUCCACCUGUAUUAAAAAAUUAGUCUUUCAGAUUCCAGUGAAAAUCUCUUCUUUGUGAGUAAUGUAAUAAUAGGCUCAGAUUGCCUGUCCUCAUCCUUUUCAAUACUGUGUUCUUAAAAUUAACCCCUAAUUCCCAAUGAUCCCACAAUCUUUAUAUUAGUAAUGACACUGUUAAUUAUCCAUCUAACUUAGACUAAGUGUAAAUUACAACAGGAAAAGAAAAAAAAAAAGAAAGGACAUAAUUCUAGGAAAGUUAUUUAUUUGGGGAGCUGAUUCCAUUUUAUCAUAGACUAAGAAUUAUUCAUUUGCCUGGCACACUGAAUCUUUCAAAUCUUUUGCUGUUAUGUGUUAUCUUUUGAGUCUUUCCAGGACAGGUCUAGCUCCGUAACUUUUUCUGUUUUCUUUUUUUCUAAAGUUCUCAGGAAACUUCCCUUAAUGCCUGUCUUAUUCACAUUCUGCGCUUCCCUCAAUACAUCUGUAUUUCUGAAACUAAUUACUGGACUUUGGGAGUGGUAAGUUUACCCCUAGUGGCAAAAUGGGUGAACUUACUUUUAAGUAAGUUUAAGGCUGCUUACUUUUAAAGUUAUUCAAAUUUAACUUUAUAAUAAUAGGAAGGAAAGAUUAUUUUUGUGUCUAACAGCUACACAAAAACCCAAAAUCUUGUUCAGGGCAGCUUCUCUUUCGUUAGAGUAAUCUUAUCAAGUUGAACUAGAUAAUCUUUCUGCCUAAAUCAGCUGUCGCUACUUCAGAUAAUGCAGUAACUAAAAGCCUCUUAGUCUACUUAAUGGUGCAGAACAUGAAGGUUCUUUUCAUGAUGAAAGUGACUUACUGAACUUCCAUUGUAGCUUCUUGUAAGCUUCUGUACCUGGGAGGAGUUGUAUUCAUCUCAAGAGGAUUCUACUUCUAAAAAGCUUUCAUUAAAAAUAAAUAAAUAAAUGAAUGAAAACCUUUCCAGGAGAAAUUAAUAGAGAUGUCUUCAAAAUUUGAGUUUUACCACAUAUUAAAUUACAGAACAGAUGUGUGACUCUACUAUUACUUCCUGAAAGUAAAACCUUUGAUUUUUAAAGGACAGAGCAGGUAUUAUAACAAAAGAUUAAGUUGUUAAAGAUUUAUUUAAUGCUGUCUGUGGUGGUUGGAAGUUUCUGAAAAAGCAACAGGGCUUUAUGUAAAUGUGCAGCAGCCCCUGGUGCACGAGAAACUAAUUUAAACAGUUCAGAAAUUAUCAUUCUUCUCUGUCAAAAAGUUAAUGCAAACAGAAAUAAAGCAUUUUUAUCAUAUUCAUCAACCACCGCCAAAUGGGCAAUCUGGUUUGGUCUAAUUAUUUGGUAUGGACAUUUGCAGAUGUGACUGACAGUUCUGAUAAUACUAAUGAGCUGAAGGCUUGCAGAGUACUAGUCUAGACUGACUUACCAAGUAUACACUGAACCAGCAGUCCAAAACCAGUUAGGAGAAAAGAAAAAGGUGCUGAUUUUUACAUGCAAUAUAGAAAACGUAAAGACUGAAAACCACUGGAAAUUAAAGAAGUGAUGUAUUAUGUCGUCUUAGAUGCUGUCUGUUUAAAGAAUACUUAGUACACUGAACAUUACUUAAAUUUAACCUCUCUAUAUUUUACAUUUGAACAGAUUAGUUUAAAAACAGUACAAAUGUCUGGAUUCCUUCUACAAUGCGUGGAGAACUGCUUGAGCUAAAGAGCAGGAGAGCCUGGAAAGCUUUUAUAGUGUUUGCUCUCAAUGACAGGAGCAGUUCAUCUGCAUAUAGAUGCAGAGCCUGCUGCUUCACUUUGCUUAAUAUGGAAAGGCUCUAUGCUGUCGUUUAAAGUGGGUAAAGAAAAGAUCUGAAAAUAAGACUUCCACCAACUGUUGAGUGGUAUCCUUAACCUCUGUCAGGGGAGAACUACUCAUCAGUGCCAAGCUUGCUUUCAUUUUCUCCCUCCACUAACGAUUCAGCCCCACGGUCCCUUGUGCAAGACUGAGGCACCUCUAUUGGACCCUGUAUGCAGAGUAGAAAAAAAUGUGAAAGCAGAAGCAAUCAGCUGUUGGUGCUGCCAGGGAGGAGCAGCCUGGUGGCAUAGAGCAGAGCUUGGCUCUGUGGCAGCCGAAGGCAUCAUUGUAGGGUUUAGCCAGCAGAUACUUAAGUGUACAUUGACUCUGGACAGCAGCUAAGAAUAAUUUUGAGCACCUCAGCAAAUCCCUGAUGUUACAUGUCUUGCUUCUGAGCAGUUUUUCCUGCCAGUGUGUAUGGGUGCUUUGUAAGAAUUUUAAAUUGAACUGGAACCAGUAUACACUUCCGGUAUUACUAGUCAGUCAUAUACCAACCUCAGCAGCUCAAUGAGAGAUCACAGUCCCUUUGCACCAUGAGUGCUGGGACAGGCAAUUCCAGACAUCUGUUGUCAAGACUGCAUAGGGAGAAAUCCUCUGCAGACAGUGGGUGAAGAUGUGUGAACUGCCUUGCCCUGCCUUACAGUUUUUGAAGGCUUUGUUUUCUCAGGAGUAAUGAAUUACCAGAAGAUUCCACCACCACUGGGCAGAUGUUGUUCUCUGUUGAUCCAUUUGGAGGAUGAUCUGCUUUCUGAUAAUCAGUAUACACCAGAUGCCCAUUUUCCACUGGGUCCCAACUGACUACCACAGGAAAGCUAUUAAGCAAGGCUUCUGAGAGUCUGAGACAAGAUUGUUGAUUACAGGAGAAGGGUCAUGCCUAAAAGCUGAGGUGACUUUUGGCAGAUGAAGGAAAGCAUCUCCCAGGGUCAGCUUCUCAGAGAUACAUGCAAGCCUUACUCUGUAUCUAAUAAAGACUGGUCACUAAUAAGAGCUCUGACUGGAGAGAACAGAAACUUCACCAUACACACCUGCACUUAGUCCUCCUCCCCUUCUAUAUAUGAAAAUCUGGUUGUAUUAAGCCAUUUGGAACAUUUAAUUCUUUACUCUCACUACACGAUCAUCAUAUAUCAAUAGAGUUAUAACAAAAUAUUAAAUCUCAGUGAGCUUUUUCUUUCCCCAAGCCUCUUGCAGGGUCCAUGCCAAAUUAUCUCCUUCCAUUUAGAAAUGCCAAUACUGUUGACAGGAGACCUGUUUAAAGUACAGCAGGCAUGAACCUUGUGAGUAUUUUCUACACUGAUCUUGUUGGCCAGAGGAUUAGCACAGCAUAUAAGUGAGUAGAGGACUACUUUGCAAUAUAUGGACUUGAGAGCUGAAUAGAAAACAUUUCCUUUUUCUAUUUUCCCUAUUCCGGAAUUCAGGAUACUGAUCACCUCUGACCCAGUAUCAUCCUUGUGAUGUGAAACAGAUGUCCAGUGCAUCAUGAAUGAUGUCAGGGAGAGGAAAGUCUGGCUUAUAUUGCCUUUAGUAACCUUAAAAUGAUAACUGAAAAAGACACCUUCUGUUAAAAAAAUCACAUGCAACUUCCAUUAGCCCCACAAAUCUGUCCAUCUAUUUUAUAAGAAUUUCCCAUUUGCUAUUGUUAUUAAAGAGCAGGAACAUGGCAAUUUAAAUUACUCCUUGCUUUCAUUUUCAAUGACAAAAAAAUAGGGGAGGGAAGGCACUUGUUUCAAUAAAAGAGCUUCUGAAACAGAAAAAUUUAUGUCUUUUAUGCUGGAAUAGAGCAGCAGACCUAUGGAAAGAAUGAGAUUAUGCAUAUCUGUUGUAAUUGCAGAAAAGAGGAGCUGCCAAUAGCACAAGCCAUUUAAGGAACUUUGAUAUCUGUCCACCUAAAUGCAGUGUAUUUCCCUCACAAUACAGAAAAGAUGUUUUAUUGCACUGUUUUUCCUUCUUUCAAUAGCUUCUGAAAAUUAUGCAUGCCUGGGUAUUUUCAGUUUAAUCUUAUUUUAUAAUUUUUAACUAUUACUUAAAACUCGAAUUCAGUGUAAUCAGCCCAUCUGUUAGCAAUGGUUAUAAAAUUACGCUGAAGAUUAAAAAUCUGAUGCGGUGUCAAUAUGUCCUAGCAUAAUUAAACUUGUUUUAUGAUGAAUGACUAGGAAAUGGCUUUUGUCUACUCAAGCAGCUUUGAAAUGGUAAACCCUUAGUAGGCUUCAUGUACAAAAUGUGAAGGUAUGCAUAAAACAAACAAACAAACAAACGGUUAUAAAAUUCAGAUCCUGUAUUCAUGGAUGUGGUGUCUUUGCAGGCCGAGAAAUGCCAGCAGGGUAAUUUCAUCUCUUGGCCAAAUUCACUGCAUUUUUUAGUCCAUCAAAUACUGUCUUGGAUCUACUCUCCUCCCUACAGAAAGUCACCCAAACAGGCAUAAAAUAUUCAAGUUUGCUAAAUUCAUUAUGCAUUUUAGAAAUGGCCAACAUGACCUCUGUUGGCACCAGUGGAAAAAUCAGCACAUCAUUCACUUAUGUGAAUUGAAGGUAUUGCUUCAUCCACCUCUACUCUGUAAGAGUUAACAGGGGUUUUAGUUCUGGCAUUACUGUGAAUCAACUAGAUAUAAUCAUCUCUACUGGGAAACCAUUCUUCAUGUGGACACUUUUUCCCUUUAAAAUGUGUCCUUGGCAAACCAAAAAUCAGCCCGUUUUCCAAAAAUAAAACCGUGUAAACUCCUGACACAGUCUAUGUGCUAAACUUCCUGCAAAGUCUUCCUCCCCUACAAACUCUGCCUGCAGAUGAAGUGUUUUAACCUUGCCCUCUUAAUUUAUUCUACAUUCUAAUUUUCAAUAAACAGAUGCCGCCUCUUUUCGCGCUUGUUUCCACAUUGUUCCACAUUCUGCCUAUGUUGUUUCUGCAUGUGUGAAUAUUCAAUUAUCUAUUUCUCCACGAUUCUGCAACUGAUGUACUAAAUGUCUGUACAGGAUUGGGGGAGGGUAACUGGGAAAGGCAAAACUUAGAGGAAAGAGAGUUACAGAAGUCUGAACUACUGUGGGAGUCAGAUACUUUCCCUAAAGGCUUCUAAGUUAAGAAGACAAUCACAAGCGACAAGUAGAAACGCUGGGAUUACAAAAGCACUACUGCACAGAAGCAGAUUUGCUGUAUGCUGGCUCGUAACAUGUAAAUAUUCUUCGGUCAGUG